CUACAACUUCAGAAGGAAGUUCAACCGUUGGAUCAAGAGUCACUUCACCUACAAAGAGAGAAAUGGGUUUGAGCGGAUAUGAAAGUGAUAAAUCUAGCGCGGCUCUCAGUUCUGGGGUUUUAGAUAUGGAUGAUGAAGGGGAUGAUGAUGGUAGAAGUUUGACUAGACAAUUGGCAGAGACCGCUCAAGGUGUAAGAGAAAUGAGUCGAGAAUUAGGUCGUACAAAAGUACACUCGAAAAUCUCCCACGUACUCAUCGUCACUAAAGCUCGCGACAAUCGUCUUAUCAAACUCACUCGUGAACUGGCACUUUUUCUCAUGCAAAAACGUCCUAUUCUCAGUCGACAAUCCUCUGUCACUCCCAAUUCCGCAUCCCGUCCCGGUAUCGAUGGUAAACUUACCAAUGAUAGAGGUAUGGUAGUCUACGUCGACGCUCAAUUACGUACUUCCAAACGCUUUGAUGCGGCUGGACUACAGGCGCAAUAUCCUGAACUUUUCCAGCCGAUCAGUAGGAGACGGUCAAGUUCUUCAACUUCACUCACGGGGAGCACAUAUACAAGUGCUUCAAGUGUGGGGGAUGGUAAGAGGGGUAAAGAUGAAGGUCAACUGAGAUAUUGGACGAGUGAAAUGUGUAGUAAUUCUCCACAUUUGUUUGAUUUCGUCAUCACUCUUGGUGGAGAUGGGACUGUACUUUUUACUUCUUGGUUAUUUCAAAAGAUCGUCCCUCCCGUACUCCCAUUCGCCCUCGGUUCACUGGGUUUCUUGACCAAUUUCGACUUCUCAAAUUACAAAGCUACCAUGGAUCGUGUAGUCGAAGAAGGUAUCCGAGUGAAUCUUCGAAUGAGAUUCACAUGUACAGUUUAUCGUGCUAUAGCACCUGAGGAAGCUUUGAUCUCUUUGAAAACUGGUAAAAAACGUAAAGCAAUCAAAAAACCAGGUGGAGAGAUUUUGAUGUCUUGUGUUGAUAAAAGUGGUUGGGAAGCUUUAGAAGGUCAAAACACAAGUUCACCUAUCGUCAAUGUUGAAGGGAAAGAUAAAGAAAUAAUGUGUUUUUCCACUCGACCAGUGGAACAAUUCGAAGUUCUUAAUGAUCUUGUUGUUGAUCGUGGACCUAGUCCGUAUGUCAGUUUAUUGGAAUUAUUCGGGGACGAACAUCAUCUCACCACCGUACAAGCGGAUGGACUGACGGUGUCUACUCCGACAGGAUCGACAGCGUAUUCGUUAUCUGCCGGAGGUUCUUUGGUUCAUCCUCAAAUCCCAGCGAUAUUGAUCACUCCAAUCUGUCCGCAUACAUUGUCUUUCAGACCUAUGUUGCUUCCGGACGGGAUGGAGUUGAGGAUCUGCGUGCCUUAUAAUUCCAGAAGCACAGCAUGGGCGAGUUUUGAUGGAAGAGGAAGAGUCGAGUUGAAGCAAGGCGACCAUAUUAAGGUCACCGCAUCAAAAUACCCAUUUCCAACCGUUUGCGCCGACAAAGCCUCCACGGACUGGUUCCAAUCAAUCUCGCGAACUUUGCGAUGGAACGAAAGGGAAAAGCAGAAGUCUUUUGUUGUGGUGGAAGAAGAGCAGGACCCGCCUUCCAAGAGUCGCAGUCAUCAUGAACCGACGUCGGAUGCCAAAGUAGCCAGAGCUCAAGCGACGCGGCGUGAGGCCGAUGUGGGAGAAGAAGAGGAUGAGACAAGUGACGAUGAAGAUGAGGAGGACGAGGAUGAACAGUAUGACAUUGACGACAAAUCCGGCGGAGAAGCCACACCUUCCUCCCCUUCCUCUCCCAUCCUUGGGGAGACCCUCCGUCCCACCGCCAAACAACCGACCAACGAGCUACACGCCCGUCUCGCACCUCACCUACAAAAAUCUGGCGUGUCCACUCCAGAUCGUUAUGUCACUCAUGGCGCUGCACCGCCACCACUGUCCCAGCGACAUCUGAUAGAAGCUUUAGCAAAAGCGAAACUCGACGACCAGCGACAUCCAGGUGUGUCGGGCGAGCUUCGAGAAAAGGAUGGCGAGCAAGGCCAAAGAGAUGAUAUUCGGUCUGACGGAAGUGCGUUCAGGGUCGAUGGGACACAUAGGAUACCUCAUGGACGAGGACACUUGGGAUCGCCACAUGAGCCAGGUAUGAUGGAUCAGAAAACUGCAAGACCUAGGGAGAUGAGUAGAGAGAGGACCGAACCGAGGGAAAAGGCUAAAGCUUUUGCGUUCUUUGGACAUGACGACUCCGCCUCAGACCUGAGUGACGGUACCUCUGAAUAACGGCCAAAGUUCAUUUGACAAGUGUCUCGCAAAAUGUACCAAACCUGUUGUCGG